AUGUCCCAUAUUGUUCGUAUACCCAAUGUCUUUGAUCACAACUCUGACCUCCCAAUACCUGCUAUAGAUUUUAAAGAUUCCACUGUUAAGAUUGGAUCUAGAAAAUCGGCGUUGGCUGUGAAGCAAUCCGAGAUUGUUGCCAAACAUAUUGCCAAAAACUACCCACGGUUAAAUUCCACUAUAACCAAAGUCUCCACAUUAGGCGACCAAGUUCAAAAUAGACCUCUUUAUUCGUUUGGAGGUAAAGCAUUAUGGACAAAGGAGCUUGAGAUUCUAUUGCUUGAAAACGUUGGAGAGUUUGAACAAAUUGAUCUCAUUGCACAUUCACUAAAAGACAUGCCUACGAUCUUACCAGAUGACUUUGAGUUAGGCUGCAUUAUAGAAAGAGAAGAUCCAAGAGAUGCACUUGUCAUGAAAAAAGGCUCUCCGUAUAAAUCACUGGCCGAUUUACCAGCUGGAAGUAUAGUUGGAACAUCGUCGGUUCGUAGGUCUGCACAAAUUAAUAGAAAUUUUCCGAAUUUGGUAUUCAAGUCUGUGCGAGGAAAUAUCCAGACUAGAGUUCAAAAGUUAGACGCAGAAGAUUCCGAAUAUGCCUGUAUUAUAUUAGCUGCUGCGGGGUUAAUUCGUUGCGACAUGAAGGACAGAAUUACCAAAUAUUUGAAUGAAGACGAAAUGUAUCAUGCAGUAGGACAAGGUGCUAUUGGUGUGGAGAUAAGGAAAGACAAUGAAAAGAUGAGACUUCUUUGUAGUGUUAUUGGAGACCGUAAAACCACCUGGAAAUGUUUAGCAGAACGUAGUUUACUCAGAACCUUAGAAGGCGGUUGUUCUGUCCCUGUUGGUGUAUGGACCACAGUUUCAAGCUAUAAUGUCCUGAAAUUGAAAGCUAUCGUUCUAAGUGUGGAUGGUAGUGAAAGUGUGGAAGAUUUUGUUGAGAAGCAGCUAACAUGCGAAAAAGAUGCUUUUGAUGCGGGUAUCGAGUUAGCUGAUAAACUCAUUGCUAAGGGUGCCAAAAAAAUCUUGGACGAAAUCAACUUCAGUAAGAUUAAAGAAGUCAAAGAAAUGGGAUUGUCGAAUCCCCAAUAA